GAGGCCACACCUCCUUCAGGUUUCCCCCACCCACCCCCAGGGUGGAGGGUGGGUGUGCCUCUGCAGGGUCCUAGCUGGGGAGACCCCCAAAAAUGUAGGGCACAUCCAGAAGGCUUGGAAAUUGGGGAAACUGCCUCUCCCCUGGGAUGGAAGUUACCAUGACAAUAAGGAAGUCUUGGCGCCCUGGGAAAGAAGACUGGAGAUGAAUUGUGGGGAUUCAGGAUUCCUAUGGGCCCUUGAUCCCACCUGGACGGGAUGGAGGAAUGAUAGAUGAGCCCCUAGGGCUCGGGGCUCGGUCCUGGCCCCGCCCCAGGUCCCUGGGAGGCUCAGGCACGCCCCGGGUUUCUGGUUCUUCAGGAAAAGUCGGCUGUCACCUGCUGCCAGCUACAAGGUGCGAGGCCUCCCCUCUGCUGCGCGGCAGGAUGGGUCCCUCGGGGCUGCUGCUGGCCCUAGCCCUGCACCUGGCGGCGUGCUCCCGUCCCCACCGGGACUACUGCGUGCUGGGCGCGGGUCCCGCGGGCCUGCAGAUGGCCGCCCUCCUGCAGCGGGCCGGCAGGGACUACGAGGUGUUCGAACGCGAGUCCGCGCCCGGCAGCUUCUUCACGCGCUACCCGCGCCACCGCAAGCUCAUCAGCAUCAACAAGCGGCACACUGGCAAGGCCAAUGCCGAGUUCAACCUCCGCCACGACUGGAACUCUCUGCUCAGCGACGACCCACAGCUGCUCUUCAGGCACUACUCGAAGGCUUACUUCCCAGACGCCGGCGACAUGGUGCACUACCUGGGUGACUUCGCGAAGCGCCUGGGGCUCCACGUGCUCUACAACACGAACAUCACCCACGUGACUCUGGACAAGGAUCCACAAGCCUGGAAUGGCCAUUACUUCAUCCUGACCGACCAGAACGGCCAGGCUUACCAGUGCAGCGUCCUGCUUGUAGCCACUGGUUUGUCAGUCCCCAAACUGGUUGACUUCCCUGGCUCCGAACAUGUGGAGGGUUAUGAGUCCGUAUCCGUGGACCCAGAAGACUUUGUGGGUCAGAAUGUGCUGAUCCUGGGCCGUGGGAACUCAGCCUUCGAGACAGCAGAGAACAUCUUGGGUGUCACAAACUUCGUCCACAUGCUGAGCCGCUCGCGGGUUCGGCUCUCCUGGGCCACCCACUACGUUGGAGAUGUCAGAGCCAUCAACAAUGGCCUGCUGGACACCUACCAGCUGAAAUCGCUAGACGGACUCCUGGAGUCGGACCUGGAGGAUCUGGCCCUCGUGAAGGACAGCAAGGGCAAGUUCCACAUCACCCUCAAAUUCUUCCUGGAGGAGGACAAGAGCAGCCAGAGUGCCGACUCCAUCCCCCUCCCCCAGGAUGACAACGAUAACUUCGCCAUGCGGGUGGCCUAUGACCGUGUCAUCCGCUGCCUGGGCUGGAAGUUCAACUUCUCCAUUUUCAACCAGUCCCUCAGACUCUCCUCAGGGACUGAGUUCGGCAAGAAGUACCCACUGAUCAGAGCUAGCUAUGAGUCCAAAGGAAGCCGGGGUCUCUUUAUCCUUGGGACGGCCAGCCACUCCGUGGACUACCGGAAAUCUGCUGGCGGCUUCAUCCAUGGAUUCCGAUACACAGUGCGUGCUGUCCACCGGCUCCUGGAAAAUCGGCACCAUGGCAUCGCCUGGCCGUCCACAGAGCACCCCAUCACACAGCUGACCAGCUCCAUCAUUCGGCGUGUAAACGAGGCUUCUGGGCUGUACCAGAUGUUCAGUGUGCUGGCUGACAUCAUCCUGUUGAAGGAGAAUGCUACAGCCUUUGAGUACCUGGAGGAGUUCCCCAUGCAGAUGCUGGCCCAGCUGGAGACGCUCACAGGGAGGACAGCGCGCCACGGGCUCUUUGUCAUCAACAUGGAAUAUGGCCAGAAUUUCUCUGGGCCCGAGAAGGACGUCUUCUAUUACGACCGGUCCGUGGCACACAUAGAGGAUGCCUGGCGUUCGAACUUCCUCCACCCUGUCAUCUACUACUACAGACACCUCCCCACUGAGCAAGAUAUGCGAUUCCGGCCUGCACAGUGGCCCCUGCCUCGGCCCGUGGCCAUCCAUCACAUAGUGGAGGACUUCCUGACUGACUGGACAGCCCCUGUGGGGCACAUCCUCCCCCUGAGGCGCUUCCUGGAAAACUGUCUGGACACAGAUCUGCGAAGCUUCUAUGCAGAGUCCUGUUUCCUGUUCACCCUCACACGCCAGAGGCUGCCCCCCUUUUGCCAGCAGGGGUACCUGAAGAUGCAGGGACUUUCAAUCACCAAGAGCCUUCGGCAACAUGGUGUGGAAAGCAGGCUCCUGAAGGACUACACAGCCAUGGAGGACAGCAGCAGGUGGCCUGGUGACCACCCCUCGGCCCCAGAGCCUCUGACCCAGUCCCCUGACAGCAACAAGGAGGAGCUCUGAACAUCCUCGUCCAGGCUAUGGAGUCUGGUGCCUCCCCGGGGCCCUUUUCCCAGGCUCUCUCCCACCUUUCCGGCUGCUGAGGACCAUCAGAGAUAACAGACAACAGGACAGGCUAUGGAGUGCCGAAGGCUGGGACACGGUCACACAGUGGUGUCCCUUCCUGUGCUGGCCACUGGGUGCUAGAUGCAAGGUUAGGAGGGUGUUACCUUCUGUCAGGCAUGAGAUGCCUUCCACAGCCAGCCUGUGUCCAACU